CUUCCUCAUUCUGUCUGAUUCCGGCGUGCUAGUGGAGGCAUGAGUGCACUUCUGAGACCACAGAAAAGCGUUUUAAAAAGUUACAGGGGAUUUCAAAGCAAAACGCUCGGUGCCCAGGCCAAGACCCCAAAGCAGACGACCUGCUCCUACGCCUUUCUGAUGCAUUAGUAGGUUGUCUGGGCCCCGCGGUGGAGGACAUUUUGAAGCCCAUUUUACCGCCGGUGGCAGAGGGAAGGAGAGGGAGAGAGAGAGAGAAACGACCAGGCAGUUGGUGGUUUUGGGUCAACUGCAAGUAUGCUAAAUAUACUGAAGCAGCUGGGCUCCGGUGGGAGGUCACAAGAUGCCACAGACCUUCUUCCUGAAAUUCUGGUUGUGGUGGAGCAGCGGGUGGAGCCGGCCAAGAAAGCAUGUCAGGUCCUUCAUAAGAAACUCCACGGCUGCUUACAGAGUCCCACCGGCCUUGAGGCUGAGAAACGCAUGAAAAAGCUGCCAUUAAUGAUGCUUUCUGUCAGCAUGGCAGAGAGCCUGAAAGACUUUGAUGCAGAGUCGUCUAUGAGGAGAGUUUUGGAAAUGUGCUGCUUCAUUGAGAAGAUGUUGGCCAACAUACGGGCCGACUUUGAGAUGAAAGUGGAGAAAGAGGUUCUGGAGCCACUCAAUAAACUCAGUGAUGAGGAUUUGCCAGAGAUUCUUAGGAACAAGAAACAGUUUGCCAAACUGACGACAGAUUGGCAAAAUGCACGUCACAAGUGUCAGACCAGCAGCGGCCCUCAAGCGAAGCAGGAAGGACUGAGGGAGGAAGUGGAGGAGGCCUGGAGGAAGUUGGACAACAUUAAAGACGAGUACUCCGCCGACUUGUAUCACUUUGCAGCUAAAGAGGACGACUAUGCUAACUACUUCAUCAGCCUGUUGGAGCUACAGGCAGCUUACCACAAAAGUUCCCACGAGUUCCUAGCACAAAACAUCAAGGAGCUCAAAGAUAACCAUAGCCACAAAGAUCCUCUGCAGAUGGUGUCUAACAAGAAGGUGUUCGGGGAGCCGCUCCUCUCCCACCUGGCCGCCGGCCCCCGGGAGAUCGCCUCGCCAAUCCAGGAGUGCGUCCACAUGCUGCUGAGGACCGGCAUGAAGGAGGAGGGUCUGUUUCGGCUGGCUGCAGCCGCCUCAGUGCUGAAGAAACUGAAGGGUUGUUUGAAUCAAGGCACGGUGGACCACGAGGAAUUCAGCAGUGACCCACAUGCUGUCGCAGGAGCAUUGAAGUGUUACCUCAGAGAACUUCCUGAACCACUCAUGACUUUUGAACUUUACACCGAUUGGUUUAAAGCUGCAGGGGAAAAAGAAACAGCAGAUAAAGUGGAACAAUUAAGAAUUGUAUUAAAGAAGCUUCCAGCAGAAAACUACAGUAACCUCCGGUACCUGGUCCAGUUCUUGUCGCUCCUGUCAGAGCAGCAGGCGGUGAACAGGAUGAGCCCCACUAACAUCGCCAUCGUCCUGGGGCCCAACCUGCUCUGGCCCCGAACAGAAGGGGAGAUCGGGAUGUUCGAUAUGGCCGCUGCCUCCUCGGUGCAGGUGAUGGUGGUGGUUGAGCCUCUCAUUCAUCACUGCAGCAGCCUCUUCCCUGAAGCCGCCUCCUUUGAGAUCCUGCCCCCCCAAGGGAGCGAAGCCGGUUCGACCCCGCCGGCCCCUGAGGGCCACACCUCGGCCCCUGAGGGCCACACCUCGGCCCAGGAGAAGAAGAUGGCGGUGAGAAGCACCUCCUGCUGCUCCACGGCCUCCUCCUCCUCGUCCUGCAGCGCCUCCUCCCACAACCCGCUCUCCAGCAGGAACAGCACGGCGUCCCAGGACAGCGGCUUCUCCUCCUCCCUGGUGAAGUCCCCCAGCGAGCUGAGCCCCCGGAGAACCACCUCCUGGGACAGCCCUCAGCCCGGCGGGCCCCCGUCCUUCUCCUACCACCCCGGCCCCACAGCCAGGACCCAGGGGCCCACUCCGGCCGCCAGGGCGUCGGUCCUCCUUCAACCCCCGGCGCCAGCCAAGAGCCCCCUCCUGAACCCCGCCCAGAACCCCUUCCAGAACCCCGCCGUGGACCCGGAUCAGCCGCUGGAGCCAGCCGGCUCCCCGCAGGCCAGGGUGAAGGUCGCCUCGCCGUACAAACCGAAGAGGUCCUUCGUUCAGAAGAGGCCCGUACAGCCCGAUGAGAAGGUGGUGGUCCAGUACACUAAACCCAGAGACCCUCUGCCACACCCCGGAUCCAUCGGCACCCCCAAGCCCCCCUUCAGCACCAAGCCCUCCACCCCCACCCCUCGGCCACCCCAGCCUCCGGCUGCGGGGCCACAGCCGGCACUUGGGGGCCCCCGGCCAGCUCCGUCCUCCCUCCCAAGGAAGCCCCACAUGAAGAGGUCGGAGGUCAGAGCUCCCAAGUGCCCCCCGCCUCUGCCUCCCCUGGCGGAGGUGAAGCAGUAGAGGUAGAGAGCGGAGCGACCGGGUUCGAUCCCCUCCCUCGCCACGCGUCACCCACCCCCCCUCAACCACCUGUUGGGUUUGGUCCACAUGCUGAGGGUUUUGAAGUAUUAUGUUCUGGAGAAGUAAGAUGGUUAAAAACACCUUUUAGUGCCAGUUAGUUCGAGGCUUGAUCUUUCAGUAUUGUAUCGUUGCAACCAACCUUCCUUUUUUUUUUUAAAAAAUAAAAUGUAUGUGAUGUAAAAAUGGGUAAAAAUGAAAUUUUCCACUCUAAUGAAAACAUGUUUAUUGUACAUUUCUGGAAGUAAAACAAAGGCAGUCCAUA